GGGAUGCACGGCGACAGUCGUCGACGUCUUCCAAGUGACCAGCGCCGCGUUUUUGGCGGCGGGGGGAAGGCGGGGAAGUCCUCAAAUCUCAAGUGAGGCAACGCGCCCGCUCGAAUCAGUUUCAACCGAGUUAUCGCGCUGAGUGGUUGUGUCGCGGUUUGCGUCACCUCUCGGUGAUUUUUCAUUCUUUGUUUUUCGUUAUAAUCAUUUUUUUUCUCUUUAUUUUAACCAAUAUAUAUACAUAUCUAUCGUGUUUUACUCUACAUUUCUAAGCACACGCAUCGAGCACUUUUCGACCAAGUUGUUUUACAUAAUACCAGCAUCAUGAAGGUUCUGGUGCCUCAGCAACUACCCAUGCCGAAUGUGUCGAAUUCCUUUUUUCCAUUCAACCCCAGCCUGGAAGAGGAAUUGAAACGACUUUUCGCCGAUUUCACUAUCAGCCCCGAUGUCUUCACGCAGCGUAAUGAUGUGAUGGAGGAAUUCAAGCACAACGGGCAUGAUUCUGAAUACUGCCCGGAACUGGAGUCUGGUGCCGUGCCCACCCCAAAUCCGCGCAGAAGGAAGAACAAGAAACCGCUGCCGACAGAAUGCGUAUUUUGCAAGAACAACGGGGAGGAAGCACAUUACUAUCGCGGUCAUCUGCUGAAGGAUGCCGACGGCCGAGUAAACUGCCCCAUUUUAAGGGCUUACACGUGUCCGAUAUGCGGUGCGUGCGGGGACAUUGCUCACACAAUCAAGUAUUGUCCAUUGAACAAAAACCCGGAGGCAGUGGCGACAGUGAACGCGUUGAAAGUGCUGCGAAAUUCGACUGGAAAACGCCGUUCAAAGUAGCUUCGAGAUCCCCCAAUCAUCCGCAUCACCGUCAUCCUGAAGAACGAGUCGCGCUGCGCUGCCGUGUGAAUACCUUCUUUCUGUUGGACCAGCGACUGCAGUAUCCGCCUUAUUUUUUUUACCUCGAGCAUGAACCAAAGAUAUUUUAGGAAGUCUAUAGACUACCCUGAGACGCUGAGAUAAUCAUUCGCAAUCUUACAAUCUCGUGAAACGCUCUUGCUUUGGCUUCAGCAAAAACGUUUCAUGCCAUGGUUUAGGAUUUCGAACGAAUUGCGAAAAUCUCGGGACUCUGGGUGCGCCUUAUUUCCCUUUCCGCCUACGAAUAAAGUUCGAAAUAUACCUACGGUUGAUUCCUGUAGUUAUAUUUUGUAACCUUGAUUCAUUCUGACUUCUUAUUUAUCUUCAGUAAUCAUGGGUUGAGAUAAAUUUCGCUGGCAUAUCGUUUUCAUUGUCACACUAUUUUUAAUCUUAUUAUUUUCACACGACAACGUCCGCGAAGCUGUAAAUACGAACAUACGAGUCCGAUAGUCAAAUCUGGGCUACGGCAAAUACGUGAACAAAAAAAAAAAAACUGCUUCGAAAAUCAUUCGAAACCAAUCAGGUAUCAUCAUCUUUUAAACGUUAAGAUCAGUAGUUUUCGUUACGUUACUUUUCUAUGCAAAAUAGAAAGAACAAAAUAUCGAAGGUUUAUUAUGAUGAAUAGCUAAAGAACGCAACUAUCUUUAUGACAUAUAAGUAAGAUUUUCUACAUUUAAAAACAUUUUUUUCCAACAACUGAUCAUGGUUUACAACAUGACAAGAAAAGAGCGACAAUCACGACGUUGUUUGAUAAUUUUUCAAUACAUACUACUUUCAUUCUAAUCAUGAUUUUACAAUCUCCCCGUACUUUCGCCAUAUGAUUAUAGGGCGGUAGGUUUUACAUAAAUCGCGCGUACAGAUCAGAACACAUGCCUGUGCUUGCAGUCAUAGUAAAUCGAGAAUCUUUCAUAUGUACACAACACCGCGCGCGAUAUUACUGCUAAGUAUCCAUCAAAACAUCAUUCACAAAUACAUAACCAGUUUUUUUUUUUCAAAAACUUGAACAGUAUUCUACUCUCAAAUUGGAAAAAACUCUGAAAUAACCCAAGUU